AAUGUGGGAGAAAAGGUGGUGAAACGCUUCCGCCUAGCGGAGGUAGGUGAUAUAAGGACCGCAGGGAAGUAUCGGAUCCUCUUUCGCCCCUUCAGCGUAAAAAUGACCAAGAAGAGAAGGAAUAAUGGCCGUGCCAAGAAGGGCCGGGGACAUGUCCAGCCUAUCCGCUGCACCAACUGUGCCCGCUGUGUCCCCAAGGACAAGGCUAUUAAGAAGUUUGUCAUCCGAAACAUCGUAGAAGCAGCCGCAGUCCGAGAUAUAUCGGAAGCAAGUGUAUUUGAUUCAUAUGUGCUGCCCAAGCUCUAUGUGAAGCUUCACUAUUGUGUUAGCUGUGCCAUCCACAGCAAGGUGGUGAGGAACCGCUCCCGUGAGGCCCGGAAGGACCGUACCCCUCCACCCCGGUUCAGACCUGCUGGUGCUGCACCAAGACCACCCCCUAAACCAAUGUAAAGAGAUGAUUUGAGUGAUGUCAGUUUCUACUAUUGACUCAAUAAAUACAUUUACAGAUG